AUGAUGCUCGUUGUAAGUAAACACAAAAGAACUUCACAUUUUACUGAUUGUAACUUUUUAGCUCCUCAUCAACGAUCAUCACAAUCAUCAUCAUCAUCAAUCACAUGGAACCACUUUUUAUCUACACUUGGAAAUUAUGCUCGAGGAGAAUAUCUUAUAUCUUCAAUAAUUCAACAAAUAUCAGAUUUAAAAAAUGAACAAUCAUUUGCUGAUAUUUAUUGUCAAAUUACAGAGUUUUGUCAAUUGAAUAAUAUUGAUUUAGUUGAGCAAUACAGACCACGUCGAACAACAGCUGUUUCUGCUCGAUUUAAUGAAUAUGGUGAUUUAAAUGCAAUUAAGAAUGAGUUUAUGGUGAUAAAACCAAUGAUUAAAAGCAAAUCAACAUCUGAUGUUAUUGAAUUUUUGAAUGAAUUAUUACCGGUAGCAAGUGCAUUUCCAACCACCAUUCGAAUGAUUAAAGCUUCAAUAACAAUGCCCAUAUCUCAAGUUACUUAUGAAAGAAGCUUCUCCAAAACGAAGUUAAUCAAAACAUAUGCACGAAAUUCUAUGAAUGACAGUCGUCUAAGUGAUUUAACUGCUUUAGCAACAGAACGUUCAUUUGAAAUAGAUUUUGAAGAAGUAAUAGAUGUUUUUGCGAAUAAUCACAAGGACAGUAGAAUUAUUUUACGUUGA